UUAAUUUGCAGUGACAUUUCUACUUGUCUAGCAACUUUUGGCUUCAUAGAGCUCAGAAAUCAGCUUUUGCUGAACUGGUGCUGCUCUGGUGUUUAAUUUUCUCCACAAUUGGUCGCCAUGGAGGGGUGUGACUAUGAAGUGUUCUUAAGUUUCAGAGGACCCGACACGCGCACCAGCAUCACCGAUCACCUCUACACCCGUCUCACAGAAGCGGGGGUCCGGACAUUUAGAGAUGACGAAGAGCUCCGCAUCGGGGAAGAGAUCGGCCCAGAUCUCAUAAGAGCCAUUGAGCAGUCGAAGAUCUCCAUACCCAUAUUCUCUAAAAAUUAUGCUUCAGUAAAUGGUGUCUCAAGGAGUUGGCCCAAAUGGUGGAGUGUAGGAAAUCAAGGGACAGAAAAUCAUGCCCAUUUUCUACUAUAUUGAACCAUCUGAGGUUCGAUACCAAACCGGUGGUUAUGGUGACGCCUUUCAUUCACAUGAAAAGAAGAAGCGGGUGGAUGAGGAGACCAUCCCCGAGUGGAAAGCUGCUCUCAAUGAGGUUGGCGCGUUAAAGGGGUGGAACAUAGAGAACGUGGCUAACGGGCACGAAGGACAACUAGUUAAACAGGUUGUUACCAACGUUUUAAGUGAGCUGAAGAAGGCUUAUUUGGCGGUUAGUGACUUCUUGGUUGGCGUUGACUACACAGUGAAAGAAAUUACGGGGAUUAUAGACACUGCCACUGAUGAUGUAAAGAUCGUGGGAAUCCAUGGUAUGGCUGGCAUUGGAAAGACAACUCUUGCCAAAGUAGUCUACAACCAGUUUUCUCGGGACUUUGCUUACUGUUGUUUCCUUCCUGAUGUUAGAGAUACUUCAAACUCAAAAGGAAUUGCGUAUUUGCAGAACCGACUAAUUUCAGAUCUCUCAAAACAGACAUUUUCCAGUAUUGAUAGCAAGGAUGAGGGAAUGAAGGCGAUCAAAGAGAGAUUUUCUAGUAAGAAAGUCCUUGUUCUUUUUGACGAUAUUGAUGACGAGAGUCAACUAACUGCACUUUUGGGGGGGCAAGUUUGCUUUGGUUCUGGAAGCUUGAUACUUAUAACCACAAGAAAUGAAAGGGUUCUCCGUGCAUUCCAAGUGAAGUUGAUUUAUCAUAUUGGUGUAUUGGAUUCGAUAGUUCCCUUCAGCUAUUUAGCAAGCAUGCUUUCGGAAGAGAUCACCCUCCAUAUGAAAAGUUAAAGCAAUCCAAAGAAAUUGUGGAGAUCGCUCAAGGUCUUCCAUUGCUUCUUGAAGUUAUGGGUUCAACUUUAUCAUUAUGUGGACAAACUAAAGAAAUAUGGGAUGAUUACCUAGAGAAGUGGAGAAAAGGUCCCAUUGAGAAAACUCAAGUAAGUUGAUGAUAAGUUAUGAAGCAUUGGAUCUCAGUCAAAGGCAAAUAUUUCUUGACAUAGCCUGUCUUUUUGUUGGAUAUGAUAAGAAUAUAGUAAUAUACAUGUGGAAAGAUUGUGGUCUAUGCCCAAUAGAAGGUCUUGAAGUUCUUCAAUUGAUGUCAUUGAUCAAAAUUGGAGAAGAUAAUAAAUUGUGUAUGCACAAUCAAUUAAAAGAUCUCGGUAGAGAAAUUGUUUCUCAAGAAAGUGGUGGGCAAUUAGAGAAGCAAAGUAGACUGUGGAAUCACAAAGAUGCAUUGAACGCACUCCGAGCAAGAAGACAAAUGAAAAGCUCCAAGCCCUCCGUCUAAUGUUUGAGGAUUCGUCAGAUUAUCGUUUCACUCUCGAAGGAUUUGCAGCGUUUCCAAAUCUAAGGUUCCUUCAUAUGGAUAGUCGAAAACUCACUGACGAGCUCUUUUCUGAAGUUACACUUCUUUGGCAUAACAAGUCCUUGGUCACGUCACUGACGAACUCUUAUCUGAGCAAGAAGCAACUUCUUCCAGAUUUAAGAUGGUUCUCUUGGCAUAAUUCUCCUAUGCGGAUAUUGCAAAUAAGCAAUUUUUCAUUGAGUAACUUAGUCAUUCUUGAUUUUUCAAGAAGUAAACUUACUCACGAUUGGAGCGGAUGGAAACAUAUCAAGAGAGCAGAGAAAUUAAAAGUUCUUAACCUUUCAGAGUGUGAGCUAUUGUUCCGGACUCCUGAUUUCUCUGGAUUUUUAAAAUUGGAGAGAUUGAUUCUUGAAAAAUGUGAAAGAUUAGCUGAAAUCCACUCAUCAAUCGGUCAACUGAAGUUCUUAGUUUUCUUGAACUUGAACUUCUGUAGUGAUCUCCGCUAUCUACCACAAGAGUUGGGCGGAUUGCCAGCCCUCGUAGAACUUCUCCUUGAUGGAACUUCUAUACGAGAAAUUCCGCAUUGGUGGGUUAUGAAGAACCUGAAGAAGCUUUCAAUGGAUGCAACACCAAUUAUUCAACUACCUGACUCCAUUGGGGCACUUAUAAAUCUUGAAAGCUUAUCUUUGAAUUGGUGCUCGAAUAUGGGCAGACUUCCGCACUCCAUUAAGGAAUUACGAUCAUUAAUUAAGUUGGAUCUAUUGGAAACAGGAAUCACAAAGUUCCCUGACUCUAUGGGAAGUCUAGAGAAUCUGAAAGAAUUAAAACUUUCGUGGUGCUAUGGGUUGGGGGGCAUCUCUGACUUGCCUAAACUUCCCAUAAGCUUGACUUCUUUGGCGAUCUCGUCUCCAUCUUUGAUAACAAUGCCAGAUCUUUCGAGCUUGAUCAAUCUAAAAAAACUAUUAUUGUGCAUGGGAGUGGGUGAUGUCUCUGGCCCAUCUGAGUUGGUGCAACUGCAAGAUCCCAUGCCUUCGUGGAUUGGUAGGUUAUCCAAAUUGGAAGUCUUGACCCUGACACUCCCACACAUGACCAACCUAUCUCCUGAGCUAGGUAUGCUUCCUCACUUGAGAUCUCUUCAUCUUCAUGGUUGCCAAGCUCUGGAAUGCAUUCCGCAGAUUCCCUCGAGAGUCUCAAAGCUUCACAUCAUAGAUUGCCCAUCACUUACCACACUUGAUAUCUCAACCUUGAUGAACCUAUCGGAACUAUAUGUCCUUGCCACACCUCUGGAGAAUCUGUCUGGGCACGAACUUUUCUACAGCGUGCCAGAAUGGAAGAUAAGUAAGGACUAUGCGCACGAUUUGCAAGCGCAUUUGAGAUCAAAGAUGUUGGAACAGCACGGACUCACAAAAAAUAUGUUGGGGCGUAGUAGAGAAAUCGAGAGAGGGUAUUUUUCAGUUCUUGGGAAAAUAAGAAGAUAUGUCUCUUAAGUGAAGAGACGACUGGUUAAGAUCCAAAAUCACGCUUACUAAGGAGCAAAGCAUUGAUAUGGCAAGGCUUACUACAUCCAAAGUAGAUUAGAGCGAAGGCCUUCAGAGACCUGCAAAUUGUAGUUGUAAAUUCUUAGGAGCUUCAAUUCAGUAUGGACUGUUCUGAGUUCCAGUUCAAGUUUACUAUAAUGUGUGAGAGUGGUUUCUUUUGUGUUGUUUUCCAGUUUCGAUCAGUUUGCUACAUUGAUAAGUCCCGUACCCUCUCCUUUUUUUCUUGUUACUUAUGUCUUCUUGCUGUGGAGAGCUCUUGGAUGUUUGAUUGGUUCAGUUUUCACUAGAACUGGGUGAUCCGUAUUUUGUUGAAUACCAGCAGGAUUGUUGGCAGAAAUGAUCAGUUUGAAUGAUUUUAAGUUCUCCCCAAA